CGUCAACUCGCGUGCGGCCCAACUUCGCCUUCAAUCACUGUCGGCCACCAUGCCAGAAGGCAAUUCUGCAAAAGAGUACUGUCCAUAUUUACCUACCCGCCAAAGGCAAAAAACGCCAGUACUUAACAUAGGAAAGAUCGUUUGAGCUGUGGUGCCCCACUCAGCCAAGGGCGGCGGAAGGAAUACGGGAAGGCGUAUUAGUAUUAAUUUAAGCUUGUGCCCCCCAACCCGCUUCACGAUGCCAUCGGACACACUGCUAGAGGAUUGCACGAUCGUCUGGCUUUGCCCCUUGGAGGUUGAACUCCGAGCAGCCAUUGUCAUGCUCGAUGAAAUCUCCGAAGACGUCCCCCCAAGGAUUCGUGGACAGAACGUCGUCUACACGGUCGGUGACAUCGGCACUCACAAGGUGGCUGUCGUCGGUUACUACCAAGAACAAGGUCUCGCCGUGUCGGGCAGCAUGGUUGCCGAAAUUGUCAGGGACCUGCCAAAGCUGCAACUGGGUCUCUUGGUUGGUAUUGCUGGCGGAAUCCCAUCGCCAGGAAGCGAUAUGCGGUUAGGAGAUGUAGCAGUGGCUGUCCCCGAAGGUGAUCGCCCUGGAGUGGUAGGAUAUGACCUUGGAAAGGCAGUAGAGGAUGAUGGCUAUGAACUGAAACACUGGCAAAACUCUACGCAUCCGCUGCUGCGAUCAGUAAUUAACCUACUUCGAGCCCUAAAUGGUCUGCGAUUCCGGAGACACUUGCAAGUCCUAGACACGCUAUCCGAGUUUCGGAGACCUGAACCGGGUGAUAUAGAUACCACUGACGCGCAUCCCAAGGUCCAUUACGGUACGAUUCUCUCGGGAAAUACGGUGGUGAAAUCAAGAGCCAAAAGAGAACGACUGAGAAGUCUUUAUGGCGGCAUCGCAGUGGAAAUGGAAGCUGCUGGCAUGAUGACGCGGUUGCCAGUGGCUGUGAUUCGGGGCAUCAGUGAUUUUGCAGAUUCGACCAAAAACAAUGCAUGGCAACCGUAUUCGGCGAUAGUUGCAGCUGCAUAUGCUAAGGAAGUUUUGCUGUGUCUGCCUCCUGAGCAUCGACAAAGCCUGAGGCGUAUGUCCGUCUCUCUAGACAAUAAUGCGCAACAAUUGAAAUCAACACCAUUCGCAGAUCAGGACCUUCGUUUAGGUCGGACACUGCCAGAAAAGUGGGCUUUUGUAGGAAGACAGGAGGAAAUGGCGCUCCUAGAGAAGGAACUGGGCUUUCCAGCACAAUCUCCCAUACAAAGGUCGGUUGUCUGCCUCUGGGGCCUCACUGGUAGUGGGAAGUCACAGUUGGCUGCUAGGUUUGUGAGCCAACAGCGUUCAAGUCACCCAGCGCGCGAGAUCUUCUGGAUAAGCGGCGAAAGCCAGGAAAGCUUCGAGCAAAGUGUGAUUGCCAUGCUAAAGUCUGGGAGUGUGGAAGAUUCUUCCUUUUCUGGGCGUCUGGAUAUGACCGCCGAGAAGCGACGUGAUCUCGUAGAUCUGUUCUUCGCUGAGCUGGAUCGGAUGACGGAUGCGAGAUGGCUGCUGGUCAUUGAUGGUGUCAAUGGAGCCAGUCCCUCGUCAAAUGGAUUCCCAUUUUACGACAUCCACAGUUAUAUCCGGCUUCUUCAUCGGGGAUAUGUUCUCCUCACUUCUAGGAGGCGCGAUGUGGUUGAGAAGUAUUACCUUGGCCAUGAGGUGAGAGGGUUGGAUGAUAACGAUGCCCUCAGUCUACUCCAGUUGCAAGUUCAUCCACAGCUUAUGGAAGGGGCGGCAGAUUUGGUGUCCAUGGUCAGAGGCCUCCCAUUAACACUUCGCCUUGCGAUGUCCGUUAUAUCUCGCUAUAGGUUAUCAGUUCGGGAAUAUUUAGAGAUGUGGAAGGGGUAUAACGAAGCUUGUGAGGUCUUGGGGCCAGAUCAAACAUUAUAUCGCUCCAUGAAUCUGAGCUUUGAGGAGCUUGAAAAUGUUGACCCAACCGCAGCAAAGGUAUUAACUCUCUUCAGCUUCCUUCACAAUCGUGACGUAUGGUACGAGAUCUGUCUUGAUGCUACAGAACAUAUCUAUCCGCAAUGGCUCCAGGAAUUGGCUAGACAUAAGACGCCAUUCAGGCGAUUUUAUCCUCUAUUGGCCGAUUUGUCCUUCAUUGAGAUGAAGAUUACCUCCAAAGGUGUCCGGUUAUGGGAGAUACACCCUGCAAUCCAAGUGAUUGCCAGACAACGGGCAAAAGCUAGCGAGAAAGAAUACAUAUCUUGCGUGAUAUCUCUUGUGGCUGCUAAAGUCCCGAGAUCUUUCGAGACUGAUGCCUGGGAGACUAUGCGGCGACUAGUGCCCCAUGUCGAGUUGUGUUGGAGUUACAUUACGGGGGGCAAAUGGGGACCGAACACUAACUUGACUGAACUGGAGAAGUUGGGGCAUGUAUUCAGAAACUUCGGGAAGUACUUCGAGGCGUCCCUCAUAUAUCGAAUGAUUGUACAUGGUCUGAGCCUCCAGGAUCCUACCUCCGACAAUAACGAGUUUCUAGCUGAUGUUCUCACCAACCUUGGAUUGGUUUUUACAUCCCAGCAAAAGUUGGAGCCCGCCCUAGACGCUUUCGAUAAGUCGUUUCAGCUGAUGAGUGAACACAACCUUCUCACACGUAAUGCGUCUAUGUCCAUCUUGUACAACAAGGCCGUGGUGUAUAUGAUGAUUGAUAAACUAGAUGAAGCGGAAAUGCUUUUGCGAAAUGCAGCUGCGCACUUCUCGGAAGCUUCACGGAGUGACCACACCCUGAUGCGUACUCAGAGGAACAACCUCUACUUGCGCAUCUUAAACGAUAUGGGCGAAGUCUUGUUGCGCAAAGGCUCUGCAUCCGAGUCACUGGAAGUUUUUCAGCGCAUAUGCUCCAACUACAAGGACUGGCAAGAUAACUAUCAUCCGGCUCGGCUGUCUGUGAAGUUGAAUAUGGGAAGAGCUCUGACCAGACUCGGUAAAUAUGCCGAGGCUCGGGAAUCGCUUGACAAUGUCAUUUCAGUAUAUACUGAAUGGUGGGGACGACGACACCCAGAGACUAUGCGGGUUAUUGACGAGCUGGCCUGGAGUUUCAUGGAAGAGAUUCAGAACAAACGGACAAAUGGUGGGGAUUGGAACUCGUUGACGGGAAAGGCCGAAGAGCUUUGGAACGAAGCAUUGAUCUUCUAUCGCAAUUAUCAUGGAGAUGAGUCCGAUGCUGUGCAUUUUAUCGGAACGAACUUGGAAACUCUAUAUUCCUUUCGACAGCCUGCGUGGAAUUUGGAGUUCGACGUUGCGAUGUCGGGCUCCAUGGUAAACUACCUGGUUACUGAAUGACUUCAUUACCAGAGAACACGAGCCAAUCAUGCAGAUCUUUUCAGCUGAGUAGAUCAUAUAUACAAGCCUCAAUUAUCGGUUGUCGUCGAUUGUUGGAAGAUUCACAGUGACCAGAAACUGGACCAUAUCCUCCGCAGCCUACGUUGCCCUAAGCACGGCCUGCUUCGAUUUACACGUAUAGUACACGGAUCUUGUCUAUGCAACACGGGGAGCAACCGCAGGGAUCAGGUAAUUUAGUGUGCGCCUUUGCCUAUAAACGGCAUCAUAUUCAUACCCUUUUAUCAGCUGAUCAAUGUAUCAAGUCCCUCGUUAUUCUUAGUUUACUUAUUGUGUUCAAGUGAAUAUGGAAAGAUGUUAAAUGUUU